AUGCCGGAAGAAGCGAGUGGUGCGUCUCACCAAGAAGUGAGGGAAGAUGGCAGCGAGUGGACGAGCUCGAGACGAGUCGGAAGACGAGCACGAACUGCCAGUCGAGGAGAGAGCAAAGUGUCGACUAUUAGUGACCUCCGCGUUGACACGCGGACCACAGUCGAGAUGGAGCGAGUUGUAGAGGAAAGCUCUUCUCAAGACAAUGUAGAGGAACAACAGGACGCAGGACGUGGUCGCAGCAGCCCACGUAGUGAGCACUCGGACCAGCUGGAGGAGCCUGUGAUCCCAGUGACCGUUCUACCUGCUAUGCAAGCGGAGACCAAACCUCCAGGUCGCAGGAGCCCUGGAUUUGUACCAGCAGAGCAUGUAGCAGGGAGGGACGAAGGAGAAGAGACGGAAGAAGAUAUUGCACUGUUAGAAUACUUAUCUGGUACGGAGAGCGAUUACUAUGAACUGGAUCGAGCGAGUCGCAAAGGCGAGGACGCUGAAGUUAUGUCAUUAUCGCCUAGAUCAAACGACGAGAGUCUGGGUACUGCGGAGGAGCACAGCGCCACAAUCCGCUAUAUGACUGUGACUCGUCGAAAGAUGGUACAUGCCCAAGAAGCUCCACGACAGGCGUCGAAUCAUGUAGUAGAGUCUCCACCUGGUUCAAGAGAUACCGAACGGGAGGCAGAACAUACAGAGGCAAAACCAGCAGACACCACUAUUCCAUGCAGGAUGAGACCGACCCAGGAGAGCGACAGUGACUGGAUUCCGUGCGAGACUGAAGACGGACUCACUUACUACUACAACCAGCACACACAAGAAUCCCAGUGGACUAUUCCAACUGCCUCUGGUGCUCGGACUUACACAAGCGAGGAGCUGUUUGCUGAGGUAUCAGAUGAAGAGAUAGAUUCGAGACAGCUUAGUAUCAUGCUGCACUCCGGUAUGGAUCUCCAAGCUGUGAAUUCUGACGGCCUCACACCACUGCACGUCGCUUGUAACGUGGGAAACGAGCAAGCAGCAGCACUGUUGGUUUAUUACGGAGCCAAGUUGGACUCUCGGGCUAUUCGCGAUGAUGCUACUCCGCUCAUUUUGGCUUGUCGAGCCGAGAGUGAAGGAAUCGCCAAGCUGCUGGUAGAGUCCAAUGCAUCACUCUCUGCGUGCGACAGCAGUGGAAACACAGCGCUUCAUGUAGCUGUUUACUCUGGGAAUGAAGGGCUGGUUAUGUUUGUUCUACGUGGCUGUGAUUACACUUUGCUUAGCCAGAAGAACAAUGAAGGCGAGACCGCUCUACAUAUUGCAGCAAAGCUCGGUUACUUUGGAAUUGUUCGGAGCUUGCUGGCCUACGGUGCAAGUGUAAAGGACGAAGACUCUCAAGGUCGGACGCCGCUGAUACUAAGCAUCUUAGAGAACCACGUUGAGUGCGUCCAACUGCUGCAAAGCGUCGAAAGCAACGCGAGUCCAGCGAAGUCAAGCGCAACGUCUCAAUACAGCUCUAGCUCUACAUAUGCAACGGAGCGAAGACCAAGUGGGACAGAGCGCGAUGCAUUAACUGUCCUCCAGUCAUAUCUCUUCCAGAUUCUCCCUAACCACUCGGCAUCUGAAUCACAAACGGUUUUCCAACUCGUUGAAGAAGUGCGAGGACAAAUUGGAGCACUCAAUGCAAGUUUACAGGCAUCCAAUGGACGAGAAGCGCAUUACCGGGCACAACUAGAGGAAAUGUCAUCAAAUUUGACAGUGAGUGCUGAAGACCUGAACAAGGAGAAAACUCGUUAUGCGGAUACUCAGAAUCAAUUGGCGGUGCGUGAAUUGGAGCUGGAAGCGAGUCGCGUGUCCCAUCGUGCUCUUUCAUCGCGAUGCGAGCUUUUGGAAUCUAUUGCUCGCAAUGCACAAGAAAAACUGGGAAGAGAGCGCUUAGAGCACGCACGGUACGAAGAAAGUAUGCAAGAAAAACUACAUCACAGCUUACAAGAAAACGCCAACGUUAUCGAGUCGUGCAGGCAGCUCCAAGCAAGUUGGAGUGAACGACAGCAACAGUACGAUCCACGACUGGGUCGUCGCGAUAGCCAGGGAUUUUAUGAGAUUUCGGAGGGUCUGACACAAUUAUCCAGUGUACACGAAUCUAUCGGAGAAAACUAUCAACUUCUAGAAACUGAGGGGUCUGCCAGCGUAGCGUCCGGCAAUCAACCAAGAGAACGAUCGUCGAGUGACUAUCAUUAUCAACAACAACAGGACUCUCGCUACUCGUUUGAACAGUAUCCGUAUGAUAAUACUCCAGAACUGAUCGACACACCUCCACCACUAGUCGACGGUGAUGAAUCUCGAGAACCCACGGACACUGUAACGCCACCUAUUUCUCCGGCAAGAGUUGGUGCUGUCUGGAAUCGCUUCUUUGAGAACGUAGGGCAAACAAGUGAACCACGCGGUCCUGAACAACCGGCAAUCCAAUAUCCGUCGAGUUCGCUCGUUUUUGAUGCUGUCCGGAAGAAUGAUUUGCGAAAACUUCAAGAAGUUCUGCUUCGAGGGGUAUCUCCGAACCAACGAGACGUUGCUGAGAAGGGCACGCCUCUCCACUUGGCAUGUGAGCUGGGUGAUCUUGACUCGGUCAUGCUAUUGAGUGAGUUCACUGCGGACUUAGAAGCUCGAGAUGAGGCGGGGAAUACGCCACUACUUGCUGCGUGCUUCCAAGGCAACUUCGAGUGUGUCAAGUUCCUUUUGCAAAGUGCUGUCAGUCUCCAGGCAGCAAACGAGAACGGCGACUCUGCACUUCAUCUGGCUGCGUGGGAUGGCAGCAUCUCGUGUGUUAAGAUACUACUCGACUAUGGAGUUGAUCCAAUGGCGACGAACCGAUUUGGUCUCACUGCCCUUGGAAAUAUGAAGACUCGAUCUCCAAUGAGACACAAGUUCGACGACAUGCCGGAAGAUCAUCCCAUGCGCAGAACUCUCGUGAUUCUAGAGGAUGCUGAACGGCAAAGACUACAGCAGGUGAUUGAAGACAAAUCCACGAGCACUGAAGAUGCCAACGAGCACCAUACACAGUCGCCCAAAGAAGAAGUCAGUGCAAAACCAUCAAGAAAGGCUUCAUGGACGCAAUGGUUUCUUGGUUUCCGAGGCGCUCACCACGACGGCCCGAUUGCUAAGUCUGAAAAGCAGCAGAAGAGUGCGGAACCAAGUGAUACCAACACAUCUACAACGUUUACCGAGCAUGAAGCUGAUGGCGACGAUGGCGACGAUUUAACUAUGCACGAAAAAUCCAGUUUGAUGCUGAGCGAGACGCGACACAAGCCAUUGACUCCGCCGCCUGAAAUCGAGGAAGCUCUUCGACAAGCGAAGGCUGGACAGCUCGGUAGUGUUUACGAGCCACAGAGUUCUGCUGCACCAACGUAUCCGAUCACACGACAGGAUUUGUCCAAGCACUUAAACCUGUCGCCAAGUGUACGAAACCCCUCAAAGCCUCAUCCCCCAGCAGUCCCAACUAGUGUUCGAGCUCGAUACGUUGAUACAUUCAACACGCCGUAGCAUUAGAAAAGCAAAUGCUUAGUACACUCGAGCAACAUUGAAGUUGUUGACCGCUUGGGGC